CCAUUCUCAUCAGUUGAAUCACUAUAUUUUGUUAGCUGUGAAUUGGGAAGCAAGCUGUCCGAACUCAAUAAAUGGUUCCCGAAAGUUCAACGCUUGGAAUUUUUGGGUGCAAACGAGCUAUCAGAUUGUAACGACAUCGCUGUUAAUUUUCCUGAUCUUCAACAUUUGAGUCUGUACCUGCCAGAUGUUGAAAAGAACCGUUUGAACCAGAAGCAUUUUGCUGAGCUCUUGCGUCUAAACCCGAACCUACAAAAGUUAUACAUUUAUGGCCAUAUCGAUGCCAAACACCUUCAGAGCUUUAGCAAACAUCUACAACAUCUGGAAAGCCUAGAAAUCCAUCCAUUUGGAUACUUCUCGAAUGCUAAGAACGGUACAGCGCACUUUCCAAAUGUGAGAAAGCUCAAAUUACGAGGAUGGGCACGCAGAUUUCCAAUGACAUUCGACAAACUUGAAGAAUUGAUUGUUAUAUCGAUUGUUAUGGACCAGACAUUGGCUAAUUUCAUCAGCAAGCACAAAACACUUACCAAGCUUAAUUAUGCGGGCAACAAAUAUGGCGAGCCGGGUGCAUUAUUGAAGAUUACUUUGCCAGCAUUAGAUGAAGUCGAUUUUGGAUAUUGUGCUUUUCCGAUCGAUGAAGUGAUCACAUUCAUGAAAAAAUGCACAUCGCUGAAGAAGCUCACACUAAGAUUCUGUGACGAAAAGGAUUAUCAGACUGUGCAGAAUCGAUUGGGUAACAAAUGGCGUGAAACCGAGAAGGAAUAUUACACUACGACGAUGGAACGUCAAUUGACUUCAUGAAAUCUCCAAUACAUCUCAUAGAAUUACUUUUUUUUCAUAAAGCUACAGAUUUAGUUUAGCUCAGGCAAAUAUAGAUUCUGCUGUUAUGAUAGCUAAAAAGCAAACACUCAUUCAAACAAAUCGAAUAAAUAAAUCAUGCAAUUUUGUACUGGCUCUGAAUAGAUACAUCGUACAAUUCGACGCCAAAUUCAAUAUUACCUCUAUUUCGGUUCAUUUUUGUCAUUCACAAAUCACAAUCCAAACUUAAUCUGAAGUUUCUUUAAAAUAAGAAAACAACUUGAAUUUAUUAUCUAAGCAAAAAAGAUGUCAGGAAACAUACAAUUCUAUGAAAUAAAUAUCCGAUACGGUUGACAAAAAGCAA